AUGGAGAUGCUUCCACCUCCAAGCAUGAAUUUGUGCUUUGUGUCAGAACAAAGUCAACAACCAUAUAAGAAAUUUUCAGAAUGGAAAUUCAAGCUCUUCAAAGUAAGAUCACUUGAGAAGCCACUUCCUGAUGACAACCGUCUGGCUAACAACAAUAAAGGAAAAGUGGCAGCUAUUCUGGAUAAAGUCAUUGAGAAAGAGAUUGAGCCAGUGGCUCUAGUGCCACAUCCACUCUUUGAAACAGACACUGAGUUGAACAAAGGUAUGCAGCCAAUAGAUAAAAGUGCCUUUUCUAUGAGCCAUACAGAGGCAGAAACACAUCAGGCAAAUCUGCAGCAUCUCUGCCGCCUCUGUGGAGGCUCAUUUAAAACUGAUCCUCAUAAGAGAAGCUACCCAGUUCAUGGACCAGUAGAUGAUGAGACUCAGGCCCUUCUCAGAAAGAAAGAGAAAAAGGCAACAUCUUGGCCAGAUCUUCUUGCCAAAGUUUUUAAGAUUGAUGUGAAGGGAGAUAUUGACACAAUCCAUCCUACAAAGUUUUGUCAUCAAUGUUGGACUGUGGUUCAAAAGAAAUUAAACAAUUCCCCAUGUGAAAUGUUUUUCUCAAGGAAAAGCCCAGUGGAGUGGAAUCCCCAUUCCUCAAGCUGUGAUGUUUGUGGUGCCUCCUUACAUGGAGUAAAGAGAAAGAAGCAAGUUCUUAAUCCACAGCUGAGCAAAAAAUUGAGAAUGGUAUCUGGACAUGCUAGAAAAAUAAGACAAAUAAGGAAUCCAAAACAAGUCAGUCAAAAGAGUUUAAUGAAAAUGAUUGCCAGCUGCAAGAAGAUUCAUCUCAGUACCAAAAUCCUUGCAGUAGACUAUCCUGCAGACUUUGUAAAGUCAAUUUCUUGCCAGAUAUGUGAACACAUCCUGGCUGACCCAGUAGAAACAACGUGCAAACACUUAUUCUGCAGAGCCUGCAUCCUUAAAUAUCUCAAAAUAGUGGGAAGCUAUUGUCCAGCUUGUCGCUAUCCUUGCUUUCCUACUGAUCUAGUAAGCCCUGUGAAAUCAUUCCUGAACAUCCUGAAUAGUCUACCUGUGGUAUGUCCAGUAAAAGAUUGUCAGGAAGAAAUCUGUUUGGGAAAAUACUGUUACCAUCUUUCCAGACACAAAGAGGUAGAAGACAAAGAGGGCUAUGUGUACAUAAACAAAGGUGGCCGACCAAGACAACACUUACUUUCAUUGACACGGAGAGCUCAAAAGCACCGCCUAAGAGAACUGAAGUUACAAGUAAAAGCUUUUGCUGAAAAAGAAGAAGGGGGAGAUGUCAAAUCUGUGUGUCUAACUUUGUUCCUACUGGCUCUGAGAGCCAGAAAUGAACACAGACAAGCUGAUGAGUUGGAAGCUAUAAUGCAAGGGAAAGGGACAGGCCUCCAUCCAGCUGUUUGCUUGGCAAUCAGAGUCAAUACUUUUCUCAGCUGUAGCCAGUACCAUAAAAUGUACAGGACUGUAAAAGCUGUAACUGGGAGACAGAUAUUCCAGCCACUCCAUGCGCUCCGAACUGCUGAAAAGUCCCUCUUGCCAGGUUACCAUCCAUUUGAGUGGAAACCACCCUUGAAAAAUGUCUCUAGUAACACAGAAGUAGGCAUUAUUGAUGGGCUUUCAGGCAUACAACAGUUGGUUGAUGACUACCCAGUAGAUACAAUUGCAAAGAGAUUUCGAUAUGAUGCAGCUUUGGUUUCUGCCUUGAUGGAUAUGGAAGAAGACAUCCUAGAAGGCCUGAAAAGUAAGAACUUGGACGACUACUUCAAAGGCCCUUUCACUGUGGUGAUUAAAGAGUCCUGUGAUGGAAUGGGAGAUGUUAGUGAGAAACAUGGUUGUGGACCAGCUGUCCCUGAGAAAGCAGUUCGAUUCUCCUUCACACUCAUGAGCAUCUCUGCCACUCAUGAAAAUGCAAGCAUAAGGAUUUUUGAAGAAAACAAGCCCAAUUCAGAGCUAUGUUGCAAACCACUGUGCCUUAUGCUGGCUGAUGAGUCAGACCACGAGACACUCACAGCCAUCCUGAGUCCUCUUGUGGCAGAAAGAGAGGCCAUGAAAGACAGUGUACUGACACUUGAUAUGGCUGGAAUCCCCAGAACAUUCAAAUUUAUCUUUAGAGGCACUGGCUAUGAUGAAAAGCUAGUUCGUGAAGUAGAGGGCCUUGAAGCCUCAGGUUCUACUUACAUUUGCACGCUGUGUGAUGCAACACGCCUGGAAGCUUCCCAGAAUUUGAUCCUUCACUCCAUCACUAGGAGUCAUGCAGAAAACCUAGAACGGUACGAGGUAUGGAGGUCCAAUCCUUACCAAGAGACCGUUGAUGAAUUGCGUGACAGAGUGAAGGGGGUUUCUGCAAAGCCCUUUCUAGAGACUGUUCCUUCGAUAGAUGCCUUGCACUGUGACAUUGGCAAUGCAGCUGAAUUUUACAAGAUAUUCCAGUUUGAGAUUGGUGAAGUGUACAAAAAUCCUGAUGCAUCAAAAGAAGAGAGAAAGAGAUGGCAGUCAGCUCUUGACAAACACCUCAGAAAGAAGGUGAACUUGAAGCCCGUAACAAGGAUGAAUGGGAAUUUUGCCAGAAAGCUUAUGACCAAGGAGACUGUGGAAGCAGUUUGUGAACUGCUAAAGAGUGAGGAGAGACAUGAAGCCCUCAGAGAACUCAUGGAGCUUUACCUGAAGAUGAAACCAGUGUGGCGGUCUUCAUGUCCCACCAAAGAAUGCCCAGAACUAGUAUGCCAGUAUAGUUUCAAUUCCCAACGUUUUGCAGAGCUGCUGGCUACAAAAUUCCGUUACAGAUAUGGCGGAAAGAUUACCAAUUACUUUCACAAAACCCUUGCUCAUGUUCCAGAAAUAAUUGAAAGAGAUGGCUCUAUUGGUGCUUGGGCAAGUGAAGGAAAUGAGUCUGGGAACAAACUAUUCAGACGUUUUCGAAAAAUGAAUGCCAGGCAAUCAAAAUGCUAUGAAAUGGAAGAUGUCUUAAAGCACCAUUGGCUGUAUACCUCAAAACAUUUACAAAAGUUCAUGAAUGCUCAUAAUAUGUUGAAAAGCCAGGGGUUUACAAUUAGUCCAGAAAAUAAUGAGCGAGAUUUCAUGACUUUGGAUGAGUCUUUGGAAAUUCCUGAUUCUAUGGAAUUUUAA